ACACUCAUCAUCCACUCCUCUCUCAGUCUCUCUCUGAUCCUGUCAAUGUAGCUAUUAUGCUUCAAAGAGAGGGUGUCAUAACAGGACAAGUAUUGGAUAGUGUGGUAUCAGCUAGUCCCUCUGUUCCUAAUCAACGGGAAGUCCUGUUAGCUGCCAUUAUAGUAGCUAUUGAAAGCAAGUAUAGUUUACUACAAACAUUUGCUAGUGUGUUGUGCAAGUUUACUGGUAAUGUAAAACUAGGAACAGUUAUACAAAGAGACUAUGAUGAAAAAUUUAUUGACGAUAGUCAGUUAGUAUCAGAUGAUGAAGCUCAAGAACCUUCUGAACUUUCUGAUUCCAAUAAAUCAACACCUACCACUGUUGCUCCUCUUUACAUUCCACAAUAUAAAAGUCAAGAUUUUGAUGUGCUUUAUGCGAAAUUUGCUAAAAUGUUUUCUAACGUUCGCAAAGUUAUUUCUAAACGUCCGCCUUCUUUAGAAGAUCUUAAGACAUUCAUUGAAGAUUUUGACUCUGACCUUGAAGCAGAACUGAGUUUGAUAAAAAAUUUUCAAGGUGUCAUGCGUCUCAUUAGGAAAAAAUGCAGUCUUGCUAAUAUUGUCAUCCUUGAAGCUGUUGUUGAACACUUUGAGAUUGAUGAUGCUCAGAAAUACAUCGAUGAUUACAAGAGGGAAAUUGAUGAAUCAUGUCGUAAUUUAUCAGUUGAUCUGUGCUUGAAUGAACCGUUUGAUGUAGUUAGGGCCAGUCCUCCUCUUAAAUGUGAAACAGCUACUUAUGUGCUUGGAUGGGAAGCUACUGAGCAUAAGCUAAAGGACGUUACAGAUAUCGUAUCGAAAUCUUCUGGCAAAUUUGUUAAGCUGGUCAACAUCAAAAGCAUUCAAUCCAUCACCAUCACUUGCUCCUUCCCUCACUCUCUCACUGGAGCUCUCAUUAUAAAAUUGAGUGAGAAUCUUGAAUUAUUAAUAAAGAAUGGUCUAAUGAAGCUUACUGUUGGAUACUGCACAAUAUGGAAGAAAGAAAACAUAGAAGAAAUACAGGAACCACUGGAAGAGGAGAGGCAGAAAGAGCUAAAAGAAACUGCACAGCAACUAACAAACAUAAUUAGUGAAAAAGAAAAGGAAUUGUAUGAAAUGAAGAAAAAAGUACAAGAACUGUCAUUAAUAAAUAAAAAUAAGGAGAAUCAAAAUGAAGAGGAAUGUACACUAGUGGAAUUAAAGGAAGUAGAAGAAGCAACCAAUGAUUUGGAAGAGAAACUACAAAGCCUGAAAACAGAAUAUCACAUUAAGUGUCGUAUACAUUCUACUUCAGCAUCAUACAAAAUCAUAAAAGGAAUGAGAAUGGAAAUAGAACAAAUAUUAACAAAUAAAACUGGUUUACUGGAUCAGAAUGAAUCAUUAAUAGAUAUUAAGAGAGAAAUAGCUGAACUACAAGAACAGAUAUCAGUAAUGAGUGUACGUAUACUAAAUAAAAGGGAAGAAAAUGAAGAAAUGAUGCAUAGAAUAAAAGUGUCACUGAUAGAUUAUAAAAGAGAUACAUUGAAACUGGACCAGGAAAUAUCCAUUGAACAGACACUAGAUAAAAGAGAAGAGGAUCAACAGGUUAUUCAUCAAGAGAUAAAGGAAAAGUUGGAUAGACUAAUAAUAAAUGUGGAAUUACAUCAAACUGAAGAGCCAUCAAAUACCUCAAGAGAAGAGACUGGAAAGGUGAAGUGGAGCAGUGCCCUCACAGAACCAUCAGUAGGUCAAUGUCAGGAAGUGAUCAGUCAAUCAACAGACAGUCAUCAGGACAUUAGCCUCUAUCACUCAUCACCUGAUUUUGUACAACCUCUCUCUUCUCAACACAGUGAUAGUAUUGAUACUCCUGGGGGUGCAAGGUUUGGCCCUGCACCAGCAGCAAGAAGAACCAAUGAAAGAGAACCUCAAGCCUCUGAGUUUAACAGACAAAAACAAGUAUAUGUUGCUACACAAAAAUAUAAUGCAAUUGGUCCAAGAAGAGAAUUGUUCCUUUCCUUUGAGAGAGGAGAGGAAAUUUUCAUAAAAGACAAGGAUCAUGAGUGGUGGGAGGGUGUUGUUUUAAGAACAGGACAAAGAGGUUAUGUUUUGCCAAAUUAUUUAAGACCUCAAGGCCCACCCCAACCCUCACCUGAAGACGUGCUAGUGCAAAUGAGACAGAAGCUAUCAGAAUAUUCAUGGUACAUUGGCAUGAGAACACGUAUUGAUACUGAUGUAGCACUCCACAAAUCCAGAAAUGGUGUAUUCCUUAUAAGGGAAAGCAUGGAUAGACCAGGAGAAUAUGCUAUAGCAUUAAAGUGGGGAGGGAUGCCCAAACACAUCAAGAUAAUGAGAAACCCUCAAACUGAGAGGUUCUACAUCUCAGACACCUGCGACUUUGACUCAAUUGAAGAACUUGUUGACUAUUAUCAAAAGAACACCCUUGGUAUCAGCUUCCCUGGAGUGGACACAACUCUUAAUAUUCCAUACUCUGACACUGCAAGACAAAGACAUCACGCUGUAUCUGAUUCCUCUAGUAGCUCCAUGUCAAUGAUGUCCCCACCUCCUUUUAACAGGGACGGAGAUACUUGGGUCGAGGCUGUGUAUGAUUAUGAUGGCGAAGGCCCUGGAUUUUUAUCUUUUCAUAAACAUGAUCAUAUUAAAGUCCUGACUAAAGAUACUCAGAAACUUAGUCUGUGGCUUGGCAAAUUCAAUGGGAAAACUGGAUUAUUUAGACCUGAUCAUACAGUGCCUCUUAAUUAGGAGCCAGUUUUAAUUAACUAUUUUAACAUUAAUAAUAGUAACCACACAUGUUAGCACUCUUCACAAAAAUUGCACUUCAUUAUUUUCUGUUUAGUAAAAUUUCAAUGUCUUUUUCUACUUUUUUACACAAAAUGCAUGGCUAACUAUUUUUGGUUUGUUAUUUAUAAUU